AUGGACGAUGAAUUCCUGGAGCACGCACUGGUCGUCUACGGCUCACAGUCGGGUAACGCUGCAGACGCCGCAGCUACGCUCGCAGAAGCUAUAGGUCCUGGUGCUGACUGCCGAAGCGCUCAGUUCUAUGAUCCGGAGAAUCUUCCGUUCGAGUCUGUUGUCCUGUUCGUUGUCUCCACCUAUGGAGACGGAGAGCCGCCGGAUAACUUUGCAGCGUUCUGGCGUUUUCUGCGAAAGCGGCGUCUCCCCGCCAACUGGCUGCGAGCCGUGCGAUACGCAGUGUUCGGACUUGGUGAUCGUAGCUAUCCCAAGUUCAACGCGGUAGCACGACGCCUCGAUGUGCGGCUCGCCCAGCUGGGUGCCACCCGCAUCCAACCCAUUGGUCUGGGCGAUGGUGCGCUCUGGGAAGAUGCCUUUAACGAGUGGUUGACGAGUCUCCUGGGCGCCCAGCGCAUGGAGGCCUAUCGACGCCGUCAGCAGCAGAGGCAGCAACGAAUAGCACCGUCUCGUUGGCAUCUCCGGCCUGUGAACCGGGAAGCAGUCUUUCUGGACGCACGGGAACUGGCCCUCGAUGAUACUUAUCCUGAUGAAAAGCACGUGGUGCUCUUUCGUUUCCUCGUGGGUCGCUCGGGGUCAGCGGGGCCCAUUUUCAUGCCUGGAGACGUUGCGUACCUUGUUCCUCAGAAUCGGCCCAGCGCUGUGGAUGCUUUCUUUCAGUUAUUCCCAUCAUGGGAUCCGAAUGAAGUGUUCUGGAUAGAAAAUCUGACUGGAGAGCGAGUCAGGGCGCGAUCGCUGGUGCAACGCCUCUUCGACUUGAACGGAAUUCCCCGACGUCGAUUUCUACGUCAACUUGCCUGCUUCGCGACGGAGGCUCACGAGCAGCGUCGUCUGUUGGAAAUCGCGGACAGUGCCGCCGCGUACGCCAGCUAUAUCCUCCAUGAACAGCGAACGGUGCUGCUUGUGCUGCGCGAUUUCCCAUCUGCACGUUUCCCGAGCCUCGCACAUGCUCUCGAGGUCAUGCCGAGAAUGCAACCGCGUGGCUACUCGAUUGCCACCGACAUGCGCGAUGCAGCAAAAGCAGCCUCGCCUGAAGACAAUGCACUUGUAGAGAUAUGCGUCCGCCUGGUGCGCUACGCAACACCUCUGCGACGUCUCCGGAUCGGAACAAUGAGUGGUUGCCUGCGUAAUCUGCAGAGCGGCGACUCGGUAUGUCUUUGGAUUCAACCGGGAACGCUUCGACUACCCGCAGAUCCGGAGUGUCCGAUGCUCAUGGUGGCAGUUGGUACCGGUAUUGGCGUCUUCCGUUGCAUGACAUCGCACCUGGCAACGAUUUCGACAACACGGCUGCCGUCGAACAAGAUCCUUGUGUACGGCUGUCGGAACGAUACCGCGGAUGAUUUAUUCCGGGAGAAUUGGCCGUCGUCCGUGGUACAGCGACUACCCGCGUACUCUCGACCGCGAGACGGUCGCCCCAAAUGCUAUGUACAGGAUCGUAUUCGGCAAGAUGCAGACUUGAUUUACGAGACCUGUUUCAAGGGUACGGAUCGCUCGCAGCGAGUCCAUAUCAUGGUGGCAGGCAGCUCGAGCACAAGCAUGCCAGCUGAAGUGCGUCGAGCGAUCCUGGAAGCGGUGCUCUGCAGCCGCGCUGGUCUCAGCGCCUCAGAGGCUGAGCAAAUGCUCAGUCUCAUGGCCAUGCAAGGCCGAUACAUGGUAGAGGUCUGGGACUGA